AUGUUGCCUCUUCUACCUUCCACUUCACCUCCAGCUACACUUUUCCUCUUUGACCUGGAAUAUUGGGAUCCAUCGACCAAUGAAGCUAUCUCCAAUACCAAUCGUCCCUCUGCCUCUCCCGGCUCUGGAUCCCAUGCUGCUACUGCUUCUGAGGGUAUCAUCCACUCGCCCGGGAUUUCUCCAUUCACACGGUUUGCUGGAGGGGGUGCUGGAGCCCUUGAGGUAACAGCCACCUCAUCAGGUCCAUAUUCUAGCUCAAUAGAUCGCGCCACAGCAUUGUCUGCUUUUGGACCAGCGGCCUCAUUGCCAGGAAGUCUCCUAACCAACACCUCGUCCUCCGCUACUGUGUCAGGAGCUGCCGUAAACAUUGCUGAGGUCCCUGUCAAUGCCAGUAGUGGAGGUUUUUCGACAAUGCCAUCAGGCAACACGUCAGGAAUCUGUAGCGGCAGCUUUUGCAGUUUCACAAGUGAAUCGGGCGUCUCGAAUGAUCAGAUUCAGGCCAAUCAGGUUAUCCAGUCAGAGACCACUACUGUGGCUAGCCUAUUAACAGGGCCUACAGCAGGAGCAGCAGUCGCUGCU